GUCCCGCAAGACGUCAAGAAGAAAAAAGGCUUGGAAAACAAAGGUUUGGAAAAAUCUCCCGGAAGGCGUAGCACACAAAAAAUGUCUCAGUCUUGUUUUAAAUACUACCUAUUGAUAGGUCAACUCCUCCCAAAAUUACAUCGGCCCUAUUCGGAAGAGCCGUUUUGGCAAGUUGAAAAUUCUUGCCUUCUUCGACCGCUCAUUUCUCGAGAUUUUUAUUACUAUUAUUGAUAGUAUUUUAACCUUAAAGCUUCGUCUGUGCAAAAACGGGAUUCGAUGCGAAGUAAUCAAUCAUAGUAAAUUCAUUUACAUCUGUUUUGUUAUUUCCAUGUCAAUCUAUUCCAGGUUUGAUUCAUCAUGUCCAUCAAGUUGUACGAAGGAAGCGGUUUGAGCAUGGAGUUUUCAAAUUCAGAGAAGGACCUGAAAAAGGAUGGUGUUUCCUUCGUAAAAGCCGAUGUUCGUUCGGGAACCUGGAUCUUCUACACCCACGCAAACAACAAUGACAAAGAAGCUGGUGCUGGCCCAUCUAACUACAAGGUUGUCGGGCCUGGAGCAGAUAUAAACAUCUCAGGUGUGAAUGGCUCCAUGUUCCUCGUUCCGGACCAAGUGGAAGGAAUCCUUCUGUUCGAGCAUAGCUUCUACGGUGGAACCAACAAGGUGCUUAAAAUACAUAAGCUUUUCAUUAAUCAAUAGCUCACGCUCUCUGUAAAAAACGCUCUGCUCUGUCUUACGAUUCUUUUUAGACAAAAAGAAGAAAUCAGCAGUAAGUAGCAAUCAGUUCUAAAUGGAUUAAGGAUAGUGUUGGAUCAUAGAACAUGAUUUUUUUUUCCUUCAGUUAUUUCGGUUUGAAAUUGGCCGUCAGUGAACUCGGGCUUGGAGUCAUUAUUUAAAAAAGUAGAUUAUUCCCGAUGAAUAAUCUUCAUAGUCGCUUAGACAGAGAUAAAUAAUAGAGCUUGUUUUCACAUAGAUUCAUGCUGAUAAGGAAUCACAAACAUAUCAUAUAUACAUCAUGCAGACACUUGAUUUAAGUGACGCGCGCGAGAGAUAUUGAAAAGCGAUCAGAUUGUUGAAAGGGUAACGGAGAUCAGACAUCUGGUGUCAAAACUGAUUAUCUUGUCCCCAUAUCUUUUCCUCUCUUUCCCUUCGAUACAAAACGGUUCAUGUUUCGUGACAAUGUGGAGCACUUUUUUCCAGUUAACGUCAUAGCUCUGUUUCGUCCUGUUCAUAUCAAAUGAGGAGUUAAAUCAGAUAAGAUUCAAAACUUUUCUUAAGGCAUUCCUGCAAACGAGCUUAUUCUUUUAUUUAGUGUCUUAGAGAUUAGAUGCUGGUACAUUAUUAUUUUUUAUGAAUGUUGUUUCUCCUUUAUCUGGGUUCUAUUACUUCCACAAUUUCGUGCAGUGGUUUGAAGAAAGUUGCGCAAAUGUGAACCCCUAUUUCCAGAGCGGGAAAGGUGAAGGAGUCUCCUCUGCCAUCGUGUUAUCAAAGAACCAGAAGUUUGCCAUCUUCACCAAACCCAACUAUCAGGGCUUGCAACAGCAACUGGAGCCAGACACGCGCUAUGCAACUCCAGACGCCAUGAAAUUCCCCAACGACCGAUUGCAGAGCCUCCGCAAGAAAUGAGCUGACCAACCUUACUUGGCUCUUCGUUUGCAUUUCGUACCACCCUUUUUUUCUUUUCUUUUCGUGUUUUGUUUUGUUCAUUUGUUUUUUUAGUUUUUAGCCUUAUUGUUAUCUUUUGAUUGAUAAAAAGUUAGCAAAAUAAGAUUUUGUCAAUUCAGCUCAGCACUUUAAGUCAUUAG